ACUUAACUUUUUUGUACACACACGACGUACACACAAAACACCAAGAGCUCAGUUCGGUACUUUUUAACGAGUGCUUAUCGCAAUAAACCGGAAACUCAACUCAAAACUCCACACAUUUUCGUCGGGAAUUCAUUCACACCACGGCCCGAGAAUCGCCUGGAAUUUACUUGCGGACACCGCCGCACUCAUGGUUGACCAAAGAGGCAGAUUGUCGUGAGAAGAGGAGGGUCAAGAUGGGACGAAAACUCGGACCGGAUUUUAAGAUGCCCCGUUUGGAUUUGAUACUGGUGGUGGUGUACACCGUGCUGCAGUGUACGACCGUUGUUCGAGCUUCGUGUGGGCCCGACACGUGUCUUAACGGUGGUGCCUGUGUCGCCAACCCUGGAAGUGUAUCCCAAUGCCAAUGUCCCGACACUCACUUCGGCGCUAGCUGCGAGUAUGACAACCCUUGCCGCCACAAUCGUUGCCUGAACGGAGGCACCUGCCAAAUAGUGGAGCCUACAGAUGGCGAUUCCCAGCCCACUUUCUCCUGCCUGUGCGACGUGGGCUGGACCAACUCCCUGUGUGAGCUGGAGUUGGCCAACGUCUGCAGGGACGAGCAGCCCUGCCAGAACGGCGGCCGCUGCAACCUGCGGGGCUCGGUGGACGACUACACCUGUGCAUGCAGUGAGGGCUUUACAGGAAGAAACUGUACCAUGACUGACCACUGCGUGGGGAACCCUUGCAAGAACGGGGCCACCUGCAACUCACACGCCACAGGCUACAACUGCAGCUGCACCAUCUACUACCGGGGCACGCACUGCGACAUCGACAUCAACGAGUGCACGGCCGAGGUGACGGCCUGCCACAACGGCGGCACCUGCGGGAAUCUGGUUGGCUCUUUCAUCUGUACCUGCUCGCAGGGCUACACGGGUCGGCGCUGCGAGUCCAUCUAUACCCCAUGCCGGCCCAAUCCCUGCCGGAACGGGGGCGAGUGCAACCCAUUGGGCAUGUACUCCCAUGAGUGCAUCUGUCCUGCAGGUUACACUGGGACUCAGUGCGAAACCAACAUCGACGAUUGCAUCAUGCAUCAGUGCACGAAUGGAGGAUUAUGCAUCGAUGGUAUUGACUCCUACACCUGCAGUUGCGCCCCGGAAUACACAGGCGAGCUUUGCACAGACGACGUGGACGAGUGCACGCUGCAGCCAAACCUGUGCAGGAAUGGCGCCACCUGCCGCAACAACGCCCCAGGCUACCAGUGCAUGUGCGUCUACGGCUUUGAGGGGGAUCACUGCGAGCACGAUGUGGACGCCUGUGAAACGACUCCUUGCGAAAAUGGCGCCACAUGUGAAGAUGCCGUGGCCAGCUUCAGGUGCAUCUGUGCUGCUGGCUACACUGGAUUGUAUUGUCAUCUUGAGGAUGCCUGCAUCAGCAGCCCCUGUGCUGCCUCAUCCACCUGUGACACCAACCCUGGCACCGGUGACGCUGUCUGUCACUGUCCCGGCGGUCUUACAGGGAGCGACUGCUCAAUUGAUAUCGACGAGUGCGAGUAUGGUUACACUGGGACUCAGUGCGAAACCAACAUCGACGAUUGCAUCAUGCAUCAGUGCACGAAUGGAGGAUUAUGCAUCGAUGGUAUUGACUCCUACACCUGCAGUUGCGCCCCGGAAUACACAGGCGAGCUUUGCACAGACGACGUGGACGAGUGCACGCUGCAGCCAAACCUGUGCAGGAAUGGCGCCACCUGCCGCAACAACGCCCCAGGCUACCAGUGCAUGUGCGUCUACGGCUUUGAGGGGGAUCACUGCGAGCACGAUGUGGACGCCUGUGAAACGACUCCUUGCGAAAAUGGCGCCACAUGUGAAGAUGCCGUGGCCAGCUUCAGGUGCAUCUGUGCUGCUGGCUACACUGGAUUGUAUUGUCAUCUUGAGGAUGCCUGCAUCAGCAGCCCCUGUGCUGCCUCAUCCACCUGUGACACCAACCCUGGCACCGGUGACGCUGUCUGUCACUGUCCCGGCGGUCUUACAGGGAGCGACUGCUCAAUUGAUAUCGACGAGUGCGAGUAUGGUUACACUGGGACUCAGUGCGAAACCAACAUCGACGAUUGCAUCAUGCAUCAGUGCACGAAUGGAGGAUUAUGCAUCGAUGGUAUUGACUCCUACACCUGCAGUUGCGCCCCGGAAUACACAGGCGAGCUUUGCACAGACGACGUGGACGAGUGCACGCUGCAGCCAAACCUGUGCAGGAAUGGCGCCACCUGCCGCAACAACGCCCCAGGCUACCAGUGCAUGUGCGUCUACGGCUUUGAGGGGGAUCACUGCGAGCACGAUGUGGACGCCUGUGAAACGACUCCUUGCGAAAAUGGCGCCACAUGUGAAGAUGCCGUGGCCAGCUUCAGGUGCAUCUGUGCUGCUGGCUACACUGGAUUGUAUUGUCAUCUUGAGGAUGCCUGCAUCAGCAGCCCCUGUGCUGCCUCAUCCACCUGUGACACCAACCCUGGCACCGGUGACGCUGUCUGUCACUGUCCCGGCGGUCUUACAGGGAGCGACUGCUCAAUUGAUAUCGACGAGUGCGAGUAUGAUCCCUGCGAAAGUGGACAUGGCAGUGAGUGCGUCAAUACCGUGGGAGCUUUUUACUGCAACUGCGCACCCGGUUACAGCGGGUUGCGCUGUGAGGUGGACAUCGACGAGUGUGCAUCCACUCCUUGCGUCAAUGGGGGCACCUGCCUCAACCUGGCCGGGAUGUUCAAUUGCGUCUGUGUCAGAGGCUACACAGGUGUCUACUGCGAAACCGACAUCGAUGAGUGCGCGAGUAACCCUUGCCUAAACGACGGUUUCUGCCUGAACAAGGUGGGCCGGUAUCAGUGCAACUGUCUGGAAGGUUACACCGGGGCCCGCUGCGAGGGGAACAUCAAUGAGUGCCUCUCGGACCCCUGCCAGAACGGGGGAACGUGCCUAGACGGUGCCAAUCAGUACACAUGCAGCUGUCUACCAGGCUACACUGGCGUGGACUGCGAGACUGACUACGACGAUUGCCAGCACGACUCCUGCUUCAACGGCCGCUGCCAGGAUGCCCUCAACGGCUUCACCUGCAUCUGCAACUUGGGCUACGAGGGCCGGCUGUGCGAGAACCAGAUUGACGAGUGCCUGGACGAGCCCUGCCAGAACGGCGGGACCUGCAUCGGCCUGGUUGGGGCCUACCAGUGCGUCUGUGCCCCAGGGACCACUGGUGCCACUUGUUCCAUAAACACUUACGAGUGCUCAUCCAACCCAUGUCAGAAUGGCGGAUUGUGUAACGAUUUAAUCAACGGAUAUGAAUGCGAGUGUCUGGCAGGUUAUGAGGGACUACUCUGUGAGGUCAACAUAGACGAGUGUGCCUCCAACCCUUGCGCCAACGGGGGCACCUGCCACGACGACAUCAACAAGUUCAUCUGCACCUGCCCCUCGGGCUACCACGACGCCCUCUGCUUUUCAAGCAUUAACGAGUGUGAGAGCUCGCCCUGCGAAAACGGCGGCACCUGCCAGGACGGCGUCAAUGAGUACGCCUGCGAGUGCGUGCGGGGCUACGGCGGGCCCCGCUGCAAUGCCGACAUCGACGAGUGCGCCUCCAACCCCUGUCAGCACGGCGGCCGCUGCGCCAGCGGCCUGGACUACUACGUCUGCGAGUGUCCCGAGGGCUACGCGGGCACCAACUGCGAGAGCAACGUCGACGACUGCGUGGGGUACCCUUGCCGCAACAACGGGACCUGCAUCGACGCGGUCAACUCGUUUGAGUGCGUCUGCAUCCCGCCGUAUACCGGGGAGGUUUGCGAGGACCUGCUGCAACCUUGCGAGAACCACCGAUGUGAGAACGGUGCUACAUGCGAACCGUUCCCCAGUUACAAUGGAUACUCCUGCAGCUGUCCAAAUGGCUACACAGGUGAAUUCUGCAACCGAGAUAUUGACGAGUGCGGUGAGUACCCGCCCUGCCACAACGGUGCAAUCUGCAACAACACCUUUGGUUCCUAUGAGUGCAUCUGCCCCCCAGGAUUCGGCGGCCAGGACUGCAUAACCAACAUCGAUGAAUGCGAGUCUGACCCUUGCCAGAACGGCGCGGCCUGCUUUGACAAGACCAACGACUACACCUGCGCGUGCCUGCCGGGCUUUACGGGCAAGAACUGCGAGACGGACACAGACGAGUGUGAGUCCAACCCGUGCCGGAACGGCGCCACCUGCCAUGACUACGUCUCCAGCUUCACCUGCGCCUGCACGCUGGGAUACAGCGGAGUCUACUGCCAGACCAACGACAUGGACUGUACUGAGAGGUAAACUGGGGAACCAGACUAGAUAGCACAAAUGGGGUUUUGGGGGGGGGAGAGGGGCUUUAGAAGUUUGCAGAUGUGAAGUGACUAAGUCUGGAAAAAAAAUUGAAAAGAAUCAAGAGGAAAUGUGGUUUAACCUAUUAGCACCUGUAUUAUAACCUAUUAUAAUAACCUUGAAAAUUGU